AUGUCAGGAUCAGCCCCAGAAGAGCCUCAGACCUCCAUUCCUCAAAGCACAGCUAGUGUUCCUGAUCCUGCUCCAGUUGCUGUCGGACCUGGAGGCUCAAGUGACGUUUCCUUUGGUGAGCAAAAUCUUAGCUUCACCACCACCGACGUCAGCCUGGUGGAGUUGAUGGAAAUUGAGUAUACCCAGCUGCAGCACAUACUUUACUCCCAUAUGGAGACACAAGCUGGUGGAGGUGAAGUGGAAGCUAGGCUCAGUUCUUUCUCCUUGCUUGGUAAUUCUGCAGACCCCCUUCCGCACCAGAGCUCACUGAGCAGCAGUCAGGAGGGGAGUUCUUUGAACAGCUCUGGGACCCAGCCGGUUUACUCAGCUAUCUGUCAGUCAGGGUUACCCUCUGACAGCAGUUUGCGAAGUUCUAACCCACGUUUGAGCUAUGCUGACUUUCAGGAGCUCAGAAUGAUGUUACUUAGUGAAUCUAACCUCCCUGUGAACCAAACGGAGAGAACACCUAACAGUGGCUCUGUAGAAGUCCCAGGACACGGUUUAGUAAAAGUUAAACAUAGUGAAACGUUUGUUGGGACCAAUAAAGAAAACAUACUUGCUGAAAAUUUGGUACUGGCACCAGAGCCUAGGCCUAAAUCUGCAGUCAGAGUUCGGUUGGAAGACAGAUUCAACAGCAUCCAGACAGAAAACCCCAGAUGCCAAGAACCCCAAGAAUCUGGAGUAACUCUUAACAAUUUAGUGACAUUGAUUCGACAGCCGUCAGAACUGGUAGGUGUUCCUCUUCAGCAAGAAAACGAGAGUGCUGCUGUAGGGAAAAGUAAGACUGAACCUGCCACGGCUUCCUUGCAGUUCACAUACCCCUUAUUCACCAUGAACCCAUGUUCUGCUGCUGGGAGUGCUUACCCUUCACAAGCACAGACCUCUGGAACCUCUUGCACUAUUUUGGAAGCUGCCAAACAUCAAGACCUUGGGGUACCCAAGACAUUGUCUUUCUGCUACCAGGAGAUUGAAUCCACAAAACAGACUGGAGCUGCCAUGAGUAAAUCUUUGCCUGAGGAAGUCUGGAUUAAAGUUGGAGGAGACACCGUAUGCAAGCAGAGCAUGAACAGGAGAAGCUGUGGCCACCUCAGCCCAUUGGAUCCAAAUGCAGAUCGCAAACCUCUUGGUGAGAUCCAGAACCUGCGAGCAGACUGCCAGGGGCCUGCCUCUGCCCAGGGGCCUUGGCAGGCAAACCCCAGCAUGCAGGUGCCAAGCGGGGCACAGGAUGGGGUGGCCCAGCGAAGGGAGAGACACAACCGCCUGGAGAGAGACAGAAGGCGCAGAAUCCGGGUGUGUUGUGAUGAGCUGAAUCUUCUGGUCCCCUUCUGUACUGUAGACACUGACAAGGCAACAACUCUGCAGUGGACAACUGCCUUCCUGAAGUACAUCCAGGAGAGGCAUGGGGAUUCCCUGAAACAGGAAUUUGAGACUGUGUUCUGUGGUAAAACAGGCAGGAGGCUAAAAAUAGCAAGCUCAGACUCCUUUGUAACGUGUCCAGUGCAGGAAAACACUCAUGGCUAUGGAGACCAAAUAGUCUGA